UUACUCAACUAGCAAACUUUCAAAUGGGCGUCUGUUUAAUGCAUUUUGCGUUUGGUCUUACUUCCCGUUGACACAUAUGCAGUAGACAGAAGAAUAUUAAUUUCUUAAAUUAAUUACCAUCUACUACAUAUGUGAACUACUCACUGGAUAUGAGAAUAGCAACAGCACAAAGGAUAUAUAGGAAUAGUAAUCAAUGUCUCUACUAUGAUUACUUAAAAUAUGCUCCCACGAAAACUGAAUUCUAUAAGCGGAGACGGGAUCAUCUAGGCUUGUUGCACUCGGAAAGCUUCAAAAAGGAGUGUCUAGGUGUGCCAACCUUCCGAUACGUGGAACUUUAUAAUGGAGGAAUUAACACGUCUGUUGCUAUCUACUUUGCACCAAGUCGGAUCCCUGUCCGGCCACUUUUUCAAGGACCAGAUGCCAAUGAAUGUUUUACAUACAAACGUCACGUUUUCUUGUUGGGUUUGGCAGCUGGAUUAGUCAGUCUUGGAUCACUUUGGCUGUAUAAUAUUUUUGAAUGGUGUUCGAAUGUGUUUAUGCACAAUAACUAUGAGACCGGGAAUGACUGUUUAGAUGAGUGUAAACAACGUACUGGUUGUGUCCCAAAAACGACGCCCAGCUUUGGAGAAACAACAACUUUAGUGCAACCAAGGGAAACAAAAAAGAACCAGUUUUCUUCUGUAUACAAUACUUCAUACCACUACGGUUAUCCCCUUCAUUAUGAAAAGAAGUCUCCGGAAAAAUAUGACAUACGUACCAGUGGUGCUGUUUCCAAUAAUUUAUCCAGUAGUUAUGACAUUCAUUUAGGUCAUGGACCAAAUCUUUUGUGGACCAGCGCAUGUAUGAAUUGCCCUCAUUUUGCAUCAGGUUCAAAUAAAAUAUGUACAAUUUGUUGGCUUAAUAUGCCUGAUUAUUGGCUUAACGGUCCAACAUGGUUUUCAUCUACUGCUGCAUUUCAUAUUAGUCAGUUAUACGGAAAUACUAGUAUUUUGGGGUUUCUCAUAUGCUUACAAUUGUUAUACAAAGCUGUGUGUUUAGCCUGUUGUAAAAGUGUGGCUAAACGCUCUUGUUCCACACAAACUAAUUUUCCAUCUCCUUCGAAUUCCGUAAACAAUGAUUGUACUAACUGUUCACAGCAGUUGUUGAAUACUUCUUUUAAAUUUGAUGGGGAAUGUGUUACAACAAACAAUCUUGCAGUUACUCGCAGCAUAUCUGAGACGGUUGUUUCCGAUGACUUACUUUCACAAUUCGCAAAGGAUAGAUUAAAUUCUCCAGAGUUAGGCCAAUCAUUACAAGUUUCGAAAUCAUUUGACAUGAAAUUUGGUGGAAAUGACUUGUAUGAUAGUAAUGAACAAAGUUUGAAGCAGCUGUCCAUGUCUAUUGAUAAUGUCUUCUUUCCAAGCAUGAAAGAUGAGCGUAUGCAGUACCCUUUCACAACUAGUGAAUUAUUAUUAUGUGAUGAAGACUUUAUUCCAGCAAUGACUUUUAGCCUGUCUACAGAUCAAUUGGUUUCAAAUGUAGUUGACUUACUCGGUACUAAACAGCCUGACUAUCGUGGUGGUUCAUCGAAGAGAAAGUCAUUGUCAUCACCAUCAUCAUCAUCUUUGAUUCAGCAUGUACAUAGUGACGCGGUAUUAAAGAAGAAAAUCGAGCGAAAUGAAUCUGUAAACAGUUUACUAGAGGACAACAAUUCAGCUAGCCAAAAUAUCAAUAACUCUCUUCUCAGUCAUCGUUCCAGUUUUCAUUCCAAUUCAGGCUCAUUGUCAUCUUCAGCUUCUCUAUCGUGUUCAUAUAUAGAUGACAAUGAAGGCUUUGAAUAUGAUGAUAUAAUUUCAAUAGAAAUGAAUAAAAACCCGGUGAAGAUUGAAGACUGCGGUCAAAGUGAUCAUUGCAACGAAGAGGAUAAUAUUGAUGAAGAAGAUAUGGAAGAAGGCGAUGAAAUUAUUCUUCGACAACUGGAUACUUUAUCAUCUCUUCUUAAUUCUAAAUCAGAUAGUUAUUCACUCGAACAACUUAAUGAAUCUCCAUCCCUCUUAAACAAAGUUGCUGACGUCAAUGAUGCUACUGAUGAUGCAGCAUUAGUAACGUCAGCACCAUCGUCAUUCGUGGACAGACAACUCAAUAAUUCGCUAGCAUGUCAUGAUACUUGUAAAUUGGGAUUCACUAAUCUUUCACAGAAAACUCUUCUGAUUACAGAUGAGUUAAAUAAACUAAGCGAUACACUGGAUCGACUAUUAUACAAACUACAAGCUAAUCAAAUUCAGUUAGAUCAAGCUGAAGAUAACUUAGACUAUAUGUGGUAUUUAAAAGAUAAUCUAGAUGAAGAGUCUUCAUUAGAUACUUCUGAAUGUUAUUCUACAGCUGCUUUAAGUGAUAUGGACGCUGAAGGUUUAUUACACGAGGAUACUUCCGAAGAGGAAGAUCAUGUUGAUGCUGACGAUUAUUGGUUAUCAAAAGGCAGAAUGAGUGUAUCAUCAAGUCAUCCUAGUGAUUGUCAUAGUGAUCGUCAUACUUAUGGAUAUUUAUCUAAUUCACAUGGUAUGCUUAAUAAUCAUUUCUAUUCCACUUUAAGAAUACCUCGUUUCCAUUAUGAUAAUAUAUCAAAUAUGGAUUCAGGAUUAGAACAGUCAGUUAUAACAUGUUCUGAAUCAUCUACACAUAUGAUUUCUUCCAUGCCAGAGGAUCAGCUGAAAACUUUUCUUAGUCAUAAUUCAUCGUAUCAUAAUAAUAAUAAUAAUAACAGAUAUUUAUCGAAUUCACAGACAUUUAAAGACCCCUUGCAUUCAAUUUCAAAAUAUUCACGUUUCAAAAAGCGUCAUUAUCGAAUGAAACGCAUGGUUAAUCAUAAAACUAAUCGAUUUUCCACAGAAAUAAUUCCAGAUUCUGAUGGCUUUUUACAUCCAGAUUUUACUUUUGAGAAUGAUGGCUUUUUGGAUUGGUCUGAACCAAUGAAGGAGAAUCCCAUCUAAAAAGAGGGUAGUAACAUGAAUUGGAGAAAAGCUGAAUAUGCAACAACAUUUUUGAUUGGUAGAGAAAAUGGACAAAAUAUUCUUUUACUAAUCACAACAAUUGUAUUAUCUCCACUUCACCUUCACACCUCCUCCCUCUUUUCUCUCUUCUGAUAUAUGCCAGCUUAAACUAAAUAUUAAUAAUUAUUGUCUUUCAAAGUUUAUUUGUUUCUACUUUACCCUUGUGAUGCAAUCAUCAACCCUUUUUUCUUCUCACCUUGUAUAUACAAAUACACACAAACACAGUAUAACAAUUUCCAACGCUUAAACUACCUACUAACUAAGCCAGAUCAUACUGAUUGUAUAAUAGUUAGUGAGUAGCCUAGUAUGUGCAUUUACAACACGGUACUGGUGCGAUUGCUUCCCUGCCACUCCCCCGUCCCGUCGUCCUCAACAAAUCCACAGUAUCCCACUGUCAUCAUCAUCAUCACCAUUCAUCGACUACUUCUUCAUACUAAUCAAUUGCCAUUUGUAAUUAUCAAUCAUAUCCCCCAACUGUGUGAAUGGAGAUAACCUUUUCU